AUGAAAAAGAAAAUUAUGGCUAUUGAGAAGAUCAAUAUAUAUAUGCAAAAAUUGGAAACAAUGAAAAAGAAAUUUGACCCAUUACCUCAUUUUACUUUGCAUAGUGUGUUAUCUCAACUUUCUCCACAGUUUUAUACUGAAAAAGAGUUAACACAAAUAGAGAAAGUCAAUCAAAUUUUGUAUGAAGAAGCAAAUAUUCCUCUUGUUUCACAAAAUAAAGUGGAAAGAAGAGAAAUCAACAACUUAAAAAGGUGUCGGCCAAGUAAUGAAGCCAGUAGCAUGUCUGAUGGAGGAAGAAGAGUAAAACCAAAGCUCGCAAUUAAGAGGAAACCAAGAAAUCAUAAGAGAGAAACUCUACCAUCACCACCACCACCAGAAUUGCCUAAUCAUGUUAAUGACAUAAUCAAAGUGUUGAAUGGCAUUGAUAUUAAAUAUAUAAUGUGUAAGACAUUAUGUAACACCGAUCUUAGCUAUAACAACAAACGUCUUUCAAUGCCAAUUUCACAAAUUAGAUCUGAUUUCCUGACCGAAAUAGAAAAGUCAAUCUUAGAAGCAAGGGAUCAAGAAGGAAAACCAGCUACUUUAAAGGUUACUGUAUUAGAUCCUUGUUUGAAUGAAUUCUCAUUACAUUUGAAGAAGUGGAAUAUGACCACUACUAGCAUUUAUAAUCUUGCUCAAGACUGGACAAAGGUUUUGUCAAAGAAUAAUUUUAGGAAGAAUCAAAAAAUUGAUAUUUGGUCAUUCAGGGUUAAUGACAAGUUAUACUUUUUACUUGAUACUAAUGAGUCGGAAGAAAUUGAAGAAAGGGAAAAAUCAAACAAAUCAAUUGUGAUUUCGACAACGGAAGAAGAAAAGAAGUCAAAUGUUGAAGAUUGUUGA